AUGUCACUGACUCCAGCCACCAACACUACAAGGCCAGAAGAUGAGACAGAUAUGCAGAGUGGCAGUGAUUACAGUCACAGUCAAAAUUUGGCUUAUUUGAUCAAUGAAGUGUAUCGCUCCCGCAUUAUUCAGGUCGUGGACUUUGGUGUACUGAUCUCAUACAUGCCCUUUAUGAAUGAGAUCUUGCCUCAGGUAUACAACCUGAGGAAGACUAAUCCAAAGGAAGCCGCCAACAUUUUCUUUGAGCAUCUCAAAAAUGUUGAGGAAGAGGGAAAAUAUCAGAGUUUUGUGGAUGCUCUGAGGCGAGCCAGAUACCCACUCCUGGUGGCAGCUCUGGAGAGUAAUGAGAUCAUCAGUAAUGAUCAUGAACAUAAUCAG